AUGAAAAUGAAGAUAAUUAUAUAUAUUUGCAUUUGGGCAGCUGCAUGGGCCAUUCCACUUCCUCAAAUCAUACCAUUGGAAAAACACGUUGUUGAAAAAUCCGUGAAUGUAUCAUUUUUAGCACACUCAGGAACUCCAGCACAGAAUGAGUUACAUGUCAAUAACACCACUAAAGACAGCAGUGACCCCCCUAAUGACAGUGAACUAGGAAGACAAGUGUAUACCAAAGACAUUUACAAAAGAGAAGGGAAUGGUUCUGAGUCAACAGACGUAGGAGGGACGAAUUCUUCUACACAGACCAUUUUAGCAAAUAAACCGGGGAACACUGCAUAUGAAAAUGAAGACAUAGAAACAUAUGGUCAUACUGAGAUACACGCAAAAGGAGAGAACAGCACAGCCAAUGACAUCAGGGGCCAAGCAAGUGUCACUGAAAAUGUGGGAGAAGCAAAGGAGGGUAGUGUAAAUGGGCAAUCCAAUCAGGGUAAAAAAAUUGGGGGUGCUGGUGAUGAGAAUCAGGAUGGAGAUCCCACCACUGUCCAGGGAAAUGGACCUCAAGAAGUUGGCAGCAAGAAUAAUACAAACCAUGAGGUUGGAACACAUGUGGAUGGGGUUGCUACGGAUGAAACCACGCCUCAGAGAGAAGGGGAGGGAGGUGGGAACAAGGGGGUUGAGGUAACAGCAAGCACUGAGGGAGAGGCUGGUUUGGAUAAUUCUGAUGGCAGUCCCAGUGGGAACGGGGAGAAUGAGGAUGAGGACAUAGGCUCUGGUGAUGAUGAGGCUACAGAAGCAGGAGGUAGAAAGGGAGGCCAUGAUGACAGUGAGGGCCAGGAGGAGCAGUCUCAUCAGGGAAAAGAUGACAACAGAGGUCAGAGUUCAGUUAGUGGUGAAGAUGGUGACUCUAAAGAGAAAGAAGGCUCCCCAAACGGAUGUGGAGCAGAUGGCACCGCUAGCAGCGAGGAGAACAAGAACAUUGAAGAAGGCAAUGGCAGCCAAGCAUUGCAGGAAAACCAGAAGCUCAGUCAGAAAGGCAACGGAGAUCCAGAAGGUGGAAUCACUUGCCAGUCAGAAACAUGUCCUCUGGGGAACAGUCAAGACCAGGGAACAGAAACUGAAGGUCCCAGCACAGGCAACAAAAGUAACAUUACCAAAGAAUCUGGGAAACUCGGGGACAAUAAAGGCAACAAUGGACACCAGGGAAUGGAGGAGGCCAAGAGGAAUAGCUCAAAGCAAGGGCAGUCUGGCCAGCCUCAAGGGCCUGCUGAGAAGUCAGACACCCACAACAAGAUGGGACACAGCAAGCUAGGUAGUGGCAGCAACAGCAAUGUGCACGAUAGCUACGAUUUUGAUGAUGAGUCCAUGCAAGGAGACGAUCCCAACAGCAGCGACGAGUCAAACGGAAGUGAUGAUGCUGACUCGGAGAGUGAGGACGAGAGUGGCGGCCACGGAGAUGCUUCUCAUGACUCUGAGGACUCAAGUGAUAACGGCUAUGGCAGUGACUCAAAUGGGGAUGAUGACAGGAGUGAUGAUACAUCUGAUGCUGAUGAUGGCGAUAGUGACAGUGAUGGUAACAGUGAGAGCAAUGACGAGGAUGAGUCAGAAAGCAGUGACAAUGACAACGGCAAUGACAGUGAGAGCAAAUCAGGCAGCAGUGACAGCAGCGACAGCAGCAGUGACAGCAGCAGUGACAGCAGUGACAGCAGUGAUAGCAGUGACAGCAGUGAUAGCAGUGACAGUGGUGAUAGCAGUGACAGCAGUGAUAGCAAUGACAGCAGUGACAGCAGUGACAGCAGCAGUGAUAGCAGUGACAGCAGCAGUGAUAGCAGUGACAGCAGUAGUGACAGCAGUGACAGCAGUGAUAGCAGUGACAGCAGUGACAGCAGCAGUGACAGCAGUGACAGCAGUGACAGCAGUGAUAGCAGUGAUAGCAGUGACAGCAGUAGUGACAGCAGUGACAGCAGUGAUAGCAGUGAUAGCAGUGACAACAGCAGUGACAGCAGUGACAGCAGUGACAGCAGUGAUAGCAGUGAUAGCAGUGACAACAGCAGUGACAGCAGUGACAGCAGUGACAGCAGUGAUAGCAGUGACAACAGCAGUGACAGCAGUGACAGCAGCGACAGCAGCAGUGACAGCAGUGACAGCAGUGACAGCAGCGACAGCAGCAGUGACAGCAGUGACAGCAGUGACAGCAGUGACAACAGCAGCGACAGCAGUGACAGCAGUGACAGCAGCGACAGCAGUGACAGCAGUGAUAGCAGCGACAGCAGUGACAGCAGUGACAGCAGUGACAGCAGUGAUAGCAGUGACAGCAGUGACAGCAGCGACAGCAGCGACAGCAGUGACAGCAGCGACAGCAGUGACAGCAGCGACAGCAGCGACAGCAGCGACAGCAGUGACAGCAGCGACAGCAGCGAUAGCAGAGACAGCAGCGACAGCAGCGACAGCAGUGACAGCAGUGACAGCAGUGAUAGCAGUGACAGCAGUGAUAGCAGUGACAGCAGCAGUGACAGCAGUGAUAGCAGUGAUAGCAGUGAUAGCAGUGACAGCAGUGACAGCAGUGAUAGCAGUGACAGCAGCAGUGAUAGCAGUGACAGCAGCAGUGAUAGCAGUGACAGCAGCAGUGACAGCAGUGACAGCAGCAGUGACAGCAGUGACAGCAGCAGUGACAGCAGUGAUAGCAGUGACAGCAGCAGUGAUAGCAAUGAUAGCAGUGACAGCAGCAACGAUAGCAGCAGUGACAGCACUGACAGCAGUGACAGCAGUGAUAGCAGUGACAGCAGCAGUGACAGCGGCAAGAGCAGCAACGGCAGUGACAGCCAGGAUAGCACAUCUGACAGCAGUGAUGAUAGUGAUAACAAGACUGGUAAUGGUCACAAUGAAAGUGACAGUGACAGUGACAGUGAAGGCAGUGACAGCAACCAUUCAACCAGCGAUGAUUAG